UUAUGAAGCAUAGUGUUCUGCUGACUCAAAACAAAUCUCCUUCAACAGUAGGCUAAUAAUGUUUUAAUGUCAUUGUUUAUCAAAUGGGUGGAGGUUGAUCUGUAAUAAUAUUGCCACAGCAACAACCUAUUAUGUUCACAACUUCUUUUUUCCUCUACCACCCAAGUUUUAUUUUUUUCUGUCUGGUCUGACUGGGUGUGCCUCUCCUCUGUAACAUGAGAGCCACAUGACCAAUAGGAAGACAAACAGUCUGGAAGUUAGCGUAUUUCUUCCGCAAACUUUUUAAGUUUUUGCUGUGUUGUAAGAGGAGCAAGAGAGCAGGCCGCAGUCCAACAACACUGGAACAGAACUAAUCAGUCUGAGAUACAGCAUCAGCGAAGAUGGCAAACCAGCUACAGCAGCUUGUAGCGGACAAAAAGGAUAUGGUGGAGACUGUGAUGGAAUUGUUUGAACAGGGAGCUGAAGUGGUGGCCAGUAUCGCCGGCGACCUUUUCCCCAUUUUCUCCAUCGCUGCUCCAAUUGUUAAACUGGCUCUGGAUAAUGUGGAAAGCAAAGAAGCCGCGUUCAUGAAGGAGCAGUUUCAGAAGGUGCGAGAGCGUCUGGAGGUGGUCUCGGAGGAGAUUCAGCGGAUCAACGAUGAGAUCAAGAAGAGCGGGUUGGAUGCCGUGUAUUUCCCAGUGGAGGAGAACAUCACUAACCAGUUCAGGAAGUACAUGGACAUCCUCAACGCCAAACCCAAGUUCCGGGAGGUCAAGAAGAAACUUUUCUUGGAGCAUUUUGCCAAGACCGGCGGUGACAAAAACCUUAUCACCCUCUACAACUCUGUGACGGGAGAUAACUUCUCUGGGGAAUCUGUGCUGGAGAUCACCCUGAACUACGAAGAGAAAAGUCGCCGGCCGGUGGAGGACUUCUGCGCCAGGCUGAAGAAGCUCUUCUGCAUCGGGCUCAUCGCACUUCUGGGCCACGCCGCUCUGAAGGGAUACGAUGAGGAGGACGCGCUUCUGAAAGACUGGGGUGAGAAGAUGAAUACUGUCCAGAAUAAAAUGAAUGUCGUCAUUGAAGACUGCAUCGUCAGCUUCCCCAAGCAGGCCGAGAUAGAUUCCCGUCGUCUGGUGAGAGACGAGUCAAACUUAACCAACCAGCAGCUAGCUGAUGCCAUCAUAGAGAAACUCAAGAAGAAGUAUGACUGGGUUGGCUGGUCCGUGCGUAUAUUUAGGACCCCUUCAGGCCUGUUCGCCAACAAGAAGGAUUACCACUGCCCGACAGGGAAGAGUCGCUUCCAGGUCCCUUCGUCAGAUGAGAAACUCAAUGUCUGGGUGUCCUACAGCUCUUCGCCUGAGCCUGUGGAUAAGAAUCACAUCCAGCAGCUGAUCCAGAGUCAGAAGAAAGUCUCGGUGGUCGGUGUAGCUGAGGACCUGUUUGAGAAGUUGCCCGGUCACUGCAUGGUCCACACGGUCAAAACCAGCAAAGACCUGGCCUGCUCCUGGAGCUUCACAGAUGAGCUCCACUACUGGGAGGAGCACAAAAACAUCUAUGUCUGCGCUCACUCUGCUUGAAGUUUUAAGACGCUGAAAAAACUCUCAAAAGUAAAUCUAUGAUUGUAGGUUGCUUCAUAUUUACACGGAUAAUCACAGAGUUGAUUGCUGCCUCCCUGUUUGGCCUGAGCAGUGAAAUACUACACAGCAUAUUCCUUAUUUGAACCUCUCUAGUAGUCGUUUUUUUUACAGAAUUAUUCCCUUUUUCUAAGAGUGUUUACUGUUACAGUAGCUUCUUGCCGUUGUGAAGGUGCAUCAUGUCAAGUCAAGUCAAUUUUAUUUAAAUAGCCCAAUAUCCCAAAUCACAAAGUUGCCUUAAGGGGGUUUACAAUCUGUGCAGCAUACGACCCCCCUCUGUCCUUAGACCCUCAAUUUGGAUAAGCAAAAAAAAACUUUAAUGGGAUAAAAAAAGCAAGACAUCUCAGAAGGGAUCCCUCUUCCAGGAUGGACAGACAUGCAAUAGAUUCUGUGUGUGUGUGUGUGUGUGUGUGUGUGUGUGUGUGUGUGUGUGUGUGUUUGUACUUUCCACAAGAAAGUAGCAUAAACUAGAUUCUUUAACUAAGAAUAAUGACCUUUUUCAUCCAAUGCAGCUGAGCUUUGUUUAUUUCUCGGAACAGACAGAAGAGCUUUGCCCUUUUGUUUAGGCUUUAUUCUAUCACAGUGUCUCCUCUUUUUGUAAUGAAAUUGGUAAAUAGUUUAACAUAAUUUGUUGCUGAAAAAUUGUGGUAUAAGAUCAACAAAUGUGUUUUUGUUUUUUUACAUUUGCUGUAAAUGUCAGGAGGACGGGGUUGUUUUGUUUUGGGAAAGUUGUCGAUUAAGAAUUCAGCUGUCAUAAGGAGAUUAUGUGCUGCUGGUAGAGAUAAGCGGUGACCUCGCCUUGUUGAGGACACAUACACCAAAGCUGUGAGAGAAAAAUGCCUGACUCCAGAGUCUGUGACAGAAACCUUCAUUUUGAUUUCACUUCUUGUACUCAUCUGACAAAAAUAACAAACCUUGUUACUGGCUGCUGUACAGCACAAACACAGCACAAGAGACAAGGCCUCAAACAGCAUUUGCUGUGGUGACCCUGCCCUGAACAUGCCGAGGCAUAAUGACAGCAGCACUUUGUUUACAUACAGAUGCCUAUUCUUGUGUCACAUCUUCACCUGUGUGGUUGUGCAACACAUACUGGAAAGUUGUACCUGCUCAGUGGUUGAGGAUUUACUUCUGUAUAGAAAUAAAUUGUUGAAUUUUGGACAAUGUAAACCGUGGGUCUGGGAUCUUUUGUUUAUUUCUAGAGAUUUUGAUCAAAAUUUGUAUAAUUUGACCAUGAUCAACACUACUUUGUCAGAACUGCAGUAUGUCAUGGAGACACUGCCGAUAGACACCACUGACCUGUUUUAAUUGUUUUAGAUCAUUUGUUCUUUAUCGUAAACCGCUGUAAUUUGUGUUUCUUCUUUGUUUGUGUGUGGUUUAAAUGUUGUUAUCACCUUUAAGUUAAAUACAUUUCUUUCUUUGAAUUUCUUUUAUUAUUUGACCAAAACAAGCAACAUAUUUACUGUAGAAUUAUUGAUUAAAUCUUUUUUUUUAUCUUGCACUCUUUUAGAUAUUUCUUUUUGGAUUUUCAGUGUCUUAGAUUCAAAAUCCUGUUGGUAAACCGAGGCAAUGAUUGUAUUAAAUCUUCCAAAUAAACUCAGUCAUACACCA